AUGGCAACUUUACUGAAGCGAACCGAAGCGAAACCAGCCGGCACGGAAAUGGAAGUGGCCCAGCCGGACGUGGUUUUGCCUGCGCUACGUCUAGUCGAGACGCCAGUUGGUGCACGCCGCCUAGGAAAGCUUUUGCUUCUCCUGCUGGUGCUUUCUGUAAUCGCCAUGCUGUUUGCUCCGUGGCAACAGACGGUUUCUGGUACGGGGAAGGUCGUCGCUUAUGCGCCGUUGCAGCGGCAGCAGAUCGUUGAAUCGCCAAUCUCCGGACGAAUUGUAAGGUGGAACGAAAAGCUCUUCGAAGGCGCAAAGCUGUCUGAAGGAGAGUUCAUCGUUGAGAUUCGCGACAUUGAUCCCUCACUGGUAAGUCGCUUGGAAGAUCAGCUAAGCGCGUCGCAGCAAAAGGUAGAGGCCGCGGAGCUUAUGGUCGAGGCCUACCGCGGCAAAGUCACCGCGUUUGAGGAGGCACAGACAAGUGUGAUCGAGGCUGUUGAAAAGCAAGUAGAAAUGGCCAAAGAAAAAGUCGAAGCUGAAAUUCAGGGGUUGGAGGCAGCCAAGGCUGCUGAACAGCAGACGGAGGCCAACUGGAAACGCCAGCAGCUCCUAAAUGAGGAUGGCCUGGCGUCGGAACUCGCCUAUGAAGUUGCCGAGCGGUCCCAGAAAGAGGCCGAAUCAAAGGUCGAGCAGGCGCAAGCAUACCUGCGCUCCGCAGAACGCGAGCUGGAGUCGAAAAAAGCCGAGGCCAAGCAGAAGGAACGCGAAGCAAAAGCAAAAAUUGAUACUGCAAAAGCCGAGUACCAAAAGGCGCUCAGUGAAGUUGCCUUGGCCAAGAAAGAGCAAACCGAUGCCGAAGUCAAGCUGUCACGCCAGCAGAGUCAAACCGUUGUCGCUCCGCGCGACGGUACUGUAUUCAGGCUACUGGCCAACCAAGGUGGCGAUAUCGUGAAGGCGGGCGAUCCCCUACUGACUAUAGUGCCUGAAACGGCACAGCGCGCCGUUGAGAUCUGGCUUUCUGGCAACGAUGCUCCACUGGUCACUGAGGGCCGGCAUGUACGUCUGCAGUUCGAAGGUUGGCCGGCCGUUCAGUUCGCCGGGUGGCCAUCGGUUGCUGUCGGUACUUUUGGUGGCACGGUUGCCAGCGUUGAUGCUACCGACAACGGUCUUGGGCAGUUCCGGAUUCUUGUGCUACCGGAUAAGGGCGCCGAUUGGCCAUCGGAUCGCUAUCUACGGCAAGGUGAAGCUGGGCUACGAAGCUUGGCGGCAGUUGAACGGUUUUCCUCCGGUCAUCUCUUCGUCAGAGCCGAAGAAAGAUGCAUCCGGAAAAGAUCUCCCAAAACGCAAACUCAUCAAGUAAUUAUAUCAAUGCGGCUUCUCGCCUUGCUAUCACUGGCCUGCAUCGCCUCUGCGCGAUUGCUGCUAGCAGAUGAGCCUGGCGCUGCGCGCUCGCCUCAAUCAGAACUCUGGCGAUUGCCGCCCGCCUCGGAGAUUCGCGAAGGGGCAAAUCUACCAGGGCCGCCGAAGCUUCUGCCUCAGCAGCAAGGCCACGCGGCUCGCCCUGUGCCGAGUGCCAUUUACGAUCAGAACGUUCAGCCGGCGUCGCUCCAGGCGCCAGUGGUCGAUGGCUACAUAGACAUAGAGGAACUUCCCACUCCAAAUCAGGAAGAGAAUGCCUUACAGUUGGAUGACGUGGUGGAUUCCAUCUACGCCACAUUCCCGCUGCUGCAAAUUGCCUAUCGCCAACGCGAAGUCGCAGCAGGCCAGCAACUCGCGGCUUGGGGCAAGUUCGACACUGACCUGAACGUUGGUGCAAUCGAAGAACCGAUGGGCUUCUAUCAAAACUAUCGCCAAGGGAUCGAGGCAAAACAAAAAACCUGGGGCGGCGCAGAGGUCUUCGGAGGGUAUCGAAUCGGGCGAGGCUUGUUCGAGCCUUGGUACGGCGAACGCGAAACAGAUAAGUCGGGUGAAUUCAAGCUCGGAAUUACGGCACCUCUACUCAGAGGGCGUGCCAUCGACAAACAGCGUGCAGACGUGCUCAAGAGCCAGGUCGCACUCCGGGCUGUCGAGCCAGCGAUUCAGACUCAGAUCAUUGAUUUUGUUCGAAAUGGAUCGCAUGCGUAUUGGGAAUGGGUGGCUGCAGGGCAGAGCUACCGUGUGGCCCAAACGUUGCUCGACAUCGCGGUAGAUCGUGACGAAGGCAUCCGGAAACGGGUUGAACGGGGUGAUUUGGCCGAAAUCGAAGUGGUUGAUAAUCAGCGGCUCAUCGUUUCCCGGCGGGCGAAGCUGAUUCAAGCUGACAGGAAGCUACAGCAAUCGGCAAUCAAGCUCUCGCUUUGGCUCCGCUCUGCAGAUGGAGUUCCGAGGGUGCCGGUACCUGGAUUGCUCCCUCAGUCAUUUCACCCUCCCGAGUUGCCCGACGUCGUGGUGCUCGACAAUGCGAUUAGCAUCGCGCUCCAGAUGCGUCCGGAGCUUCUGGAAAUCUCCCUCGCCGCGCAAGAGGUUGAGAUUGAACUGGCCAACUCAAGAAAUCAGAUGUUGCCUGGACUGUCGGUUGGACUAGUUGCCUCGAAAGAUAUUGGCCCCCGUGCCAGCCCCAAAGGCGAUAAGCGUCCUUUCGAACUCGAGGCCGCGGUGUUGGCCGAUGUGCCCCUGCAGCGUCGAUACGCCAGCGGCAGCAUCCAAGUCGCCCAGGGCAAGCUGGCUCAACUCAACGCCGAACGCCGAUUCGCCAGCGAUAAGAUCACCGUUGAGGUCCGCGACUCGAUUGCUGCGCUCACGACUGCGAUGGACCAAGUGCGACAGGCGAAGGAAGCCGUAGAACUUAACCUUCGAAUGGAAGCAGCCGAACAGCGCAAGUUUGAUUUAGGAACGAGCGACUUAUUGGUUGUGAACUUGCGAGAACAAGCCACAGCAGACGCGGCCCAAACCGAAGUCGACGCCCUGCUUGAGUUCUACAAAGCCCAGGUCAACUUCGACGCCGCCAUCGGCCGGUCGAUACUUCCCGCCGAGUAA